AUUAUGAGGUCACCCUUCCUAAGGCCAGGAGGGGAUCUCGCCCCAGGCAAACAGGGAUGCAGAUUCAGGUGGCGGGAACGCGGGCGGGAGCGCUGUCCGGGCCCCGCACCCUGGAGCCCCGGUUCAUCCUGGGAGCCCAGAGGCAGAUGCUGGGGUCUUACAGGGCCUGGACUCAAGUAGCGCUCCGCGAACCCCGGCCCCAAGCUCCCCACCCCCGGAGCGCGCCAGGUGCCUGCGCAUGCGUCCCGGCGUCCCGCUACUGUUUGGCCGUUUCCAUGGCUACGAAUCUGCUCCGUGAGGGGUCGGGGAGCAGGAAAAUGAAGCUCAAGAGCCUCUUGCUCCGUUAUUACCCGCCAGGAAUUAUGUUGGAAUAUGAGAAAAGUGGAGAAUUGAAGACCAAAUCCAUAGAUUUACUUGAUCUCAGUCCCAGUACUGAUGUCAGUGCCCUAGUAGAAGAGAUACAGAGAGCAGAACCUCUAAUCACAGCUUCACGAUCACACCAGGUGAAACUUUUAAUACAGAGACUACAAGAUAAACUCAGACAGCACAGCGACCACAAAUUUGAACUUUUCAAGGUUCUCAGAGCACAUAUACUGCCAUUGACUAACGUUGCACUGAAUAAAUCGGGCUCUUGUUUUAUCACAGGAAGCUAUGACCGAACCUGCAAAGUCUGGGACACCGCAUCUGGAGGGGAACUUCUCACCCUGGAUGGCCACAGGAACGUGGUGUAUGCCAUCGCAUUCAACAACCCUUAUGGUGACAAAAUUGCCACUGGGUCCUUUGAUAAGACUUGUAAACUGUGGAGUGUAGAAACGGGAAAAUGUUACCAUACCUUUAGGGGUCAUACAGCAGAAAUAGUGUGUUUAUCAUUCAAUCCUCAAAGCACAUUGGUGGCUACGGGAAGUAUGGACACAAUGGCCAAACUGUGGGACAUUCAGAAUGGAGAGGAAGUAUUCACUUUAACCGGACAUUCAGCUGAAAUCAUCUCCUUGUCCUUUAACACUUCAGGAGACAGGAUCAUCACGGGGUCUUUUGAUCACACAGCUGUGGUGUGGGACACUGCAACUGGAAGGAAGGUGUGCAACCUAAUUGGGCAUUGUGCCGAGAUUAGCAGUGCCUUAUUCAACUGGGAUUGCUCUAUGAUAUUGACUGGCUCUAUGGACAAAACCUGCAUGUUGUGGGAUGCUACAAGUGGAAAAUGUAUGGCGACAUUAACAGGCCAUGAUGAUGAAAUACUAGACUGCUGUUUUGAUUACACUGGAAAGCUUAUUGCAACUGCUUCAGCUGAUGGAACAGCAAGAGUUUUCAGUGCAGCCACCAGAAAAUGCAUUACUAAAUUGGAAGGUCAUGAAGGUGAGAUUUCAAAGAUUUCUUUCAACCCCCAAGGGAACCGUCUUCUAACAGGAAGCUCUGACAAAACAGCGAGAAUCUGGGAUGCUCAGACUGGCCAAUGCCUCCAGGUGCUCCGGGGGCACACAGAUGAAAUCUUCUCAUGCGCUUUCAACUAUAAAGGCAACAUAAUCAUCACAGGCAGCAAGGAUAAUACCUGUAGGAUUUGGCACUGACUGAAGAAGCCGCCGAUGAGCACACUCGCUAGCGAUGGGAGCAGGAGCCAGGCGUCGCAGAUGGCAGGCACGCUGCUUUGAUAUUUCAUGUUUUCUCUUUUCCCACAAGUCAACUACUGAUACACUGUCCUUCGCUUCACAGAUAUGACUAUUAGAACUGAUGAAGAGAUAUCAUUUUUUGAUAUUUUUUUAAUGGAGAUGACAGGAAACAGCCUACUGUUUGGAAAGUGUUGCUGGUUAUUUCAAUUUUGUUUUAUUUUUUAAUAGCAUCAUGAGACUGAUAGAUGAAACCAGAGCAAUUUAACAGCAUGUCUCCUAGAUUCUACUGUGAAGGUUGUUACUGUAAUUUCUGUUGAAUAAAAUAUUCAGAGAA